AUGGUUCUUCUCUCUCUCCUCGUCGGCGCCGUCGCCCUCGCGCCCACCGCUCUCGCUGCCGCCCCUACCGAACUCACCGACGCCCUCUACGGCCGUGCCUUACCGAACAACCCGUCCGGCAACUACACGCCCAUCUACGUCGACUGCCCGGCCGCCCGACCGGCUGCCCGUGUGGCCAGCGCUCUGUCGACCAACGAGACCGAGUGGCUGGCACUGCGGCGCAAGAACACGCGCCAGCCGUUGGUCGACUUCCUCGUGGCCGCCAACAUCACCGGAUUCAACGCGACCUCCUAUGUGGCGGCCGCGUCGACCCGCAACGUGCCCAACAUCGGCCUGGCCAUGUCGGGUGGCGGAUAUCGAGCACUGAUGAACGGAGCUGGCUUCCUGGCCGCCGCCGACAGCCGCACGACCGAUCUGCCGGCCAGCAACGUCAGUAUCGGCGGUCUGCUGCAGGCGUCGACCUAUCUGGCCGGCCUCUCUGGCGGUGGCUGGCUGGUCGGCUCCAUGUUUGCCAACAACUUCUCGACCAUUGUCGAGCUGCGUGACGGCUACGUCGGCUCCGAUCUCUGGCGCUUCGACAACUCCAUCUUCUCCGGCCCCAGCGACGAUGCCCAGAACAGCGGCAGCACCCAGACCACCAGCACUUCGACCCGACGCCGCGCCAUCGAGGCCAUCCGCCACAUCGCCCGUCGUGACGGCGUUCAGCUCGACCUCGACAACGAUGACACCGCCCCCAAGACCGCCCAGCAUCUCCACAUCAUCGACACCGCCGAGUACUGGACCCACGUCGCCGAUCAGGUCGCCGGCAAGGCCGACGCUGGCUUCCAGACCUCCCUCACCGACUACUGGGGCCGCGCGCUCUCGUACCAGCUCAUCAAUGCUCCCUAUGGCGGCGUUGACUACACAUUUUCUUCUAUCGCCCUCGCCGACAACUUUAUCGCCGGCCAGACCCCCUUCCCCAUCCUCGUCGCCGAUGGCCGCGCCCCCAACACUACCAUCAUCUCCCUUAACGCCACCCUCUAUGAAUUCAACGCCUUCGAGAUGGGCUCCUGGGAUCCCACGACCUACGGCUUCGUUCCUACUGAAUACCUCGGCUCCAACUUCACAAACGGCGUCGUGCCCACCGGCAACGACAGCCACUGUGUCCGCGGCUUCGACCAGUUCGGCUAUAUUAUGGGCACUUCCUCUACCCUCUUCAACCAGUUCCUGCUGACUAAUCUGAGCACCGAGAUUAAUGUCCCGUCCUUUGUCAUCAAGGUCAUCGACCACAUUCUCGAGGAUCUCGGCAACGACAACAACGACAUUGCCCAAUACGUUCCUAACCCCUUCUACAAAUACCAUCCCGAGACGAAUGCGGCUGCCGAAGACAUCCAACUGUCUCUUGUCGAUGGCGGCGAGGACCUCGAGAACCUGCCUCUGCAUCCGCUCAUCCAACCCUUCCGCCAGGUCGAUGUCAUCGUCGCCGUCGACUCUUCCGCCGACACCGACUACAACUGGCCCAACGGCACUGCUCUGCGCGCUUCUUACGACCGCUCGCUUGGCGACAUCUCCAACGGCACUCUCUUCCCUGCCGUUCCCGACGACAACACCUUUGUCAACCUCGGUCUCAACAAGCGGCCCACCUUCUUCGGCUGCAAUGCCUCCAACUUCACCCUCACCGACGGCCAGACUGUCCCUCCACUUGUCGUCUACCUGCCCAAUGCGCCCUACAGCGUCGAUAGCAACGUCUCAACCUUCACCGACAGCUACACCCUCACCCUGCGCAACAAGAUCAUCACCAACGGCUUCAAUGCCGCCACCCAGGGCAACGGCACCGUCAACGCUGACUGGACCACCUGUCUCGCCUGCGCAGUCCUCAGCCGCAGUUUCACCCGCACAAACACCUCCGUUCCUGCUGCGUGCACCACCUGCUUCGCAAAGUACUGCUGGAACGGCACCCUCAAUACCACCAACUACGGCGCCUACGAGCCCACCUUCCUCCUCGCCAACGUCUCCUCUGCUGCUGUUCGUGGUCUCCCUGCUGCCGGAAGCACCAUGCGCACUCUAGCUGCUGCCUCUCUCAGCUCUCUCCUCGCCUUCCUGCUCCUGUAG